AUGCUGGAGCGUAUGAAUCUUAUUGCUGUGCUCCUUACAUUAUUGUGCAAUACAUAUGAUGCUUCUCGUCGUAUGUAUGAAACACGAACUGUUACCACCGCUGGUGCUUUCGAUUGCAUUCACGAUGUAGUUGCGAGGGUAUUAAAUGAUCAUUUGUUCGAGUCGAAUGUGCGAUUUCACACAGUACGCUUUUGUCGACAAUCAACACUUAAUCCGUUAUCCCAACAGAAAAUCAACAUCACUCAUGGUACUCCUAUUACAUUUCAUCGUCUACGAUCAUCGAACAUCACAGCCGAACAACUUUUCAGUUGGAAUGCACCAAUGGACACUAUCGAAGACUAUCGAUCAGGUGUUGAAGUAGGAUUAUUUAUGAACUGUUCUCAAGAUGACAAGUAUUGGUUUGGGCCAAAUUGUGAAUAUACAUUUGAUUCAUCGAGUUAUUUUCCUGAUAUUGUCGAUGAUCAAUUUAAUGCAAAGGAAGGUGUUCCCGAUGAUCUUUUAACAACGGAUAAUAGUGUCUGUUUGGAAACGGGUGAUGUCGAAUGUCAGUCGGUGUUGUGUUUGGAUUGGCGAGAAAUAUGUGACGGUAAAAUCGAUUGCACGAAUGGAGCCGACGAAGAGUAUUGCCAUAGACUUGAAAUGAAUGAAUGUAAUCCAUCAACUGAAUAUCGUUGUCUAAAUGGACAAUGCAUCGAUAAACUUUUAUAUUGGGAUUCGUAUCCUGACUGCAUGGACUCCACUGAUGAAACUGUUACACAUAAUAACUUUUGUUUCCAGAAUUUUGAUUUCAGAUGUCAAGAUAAAUUAUGUCCUUCAACGUGGUUUUCAUGUGGUGAUGGUGAUUGUCACUAUGCUCCAACUAUCAAUUCACCAGAAUCAUCCUGCAAGUCUCACCGAGAUCUUCUCUAUUACAAACAGACACUCCCAUCAACAAUCAUCUUAUUUUCACAUAUAUUCAUCACUUAUCACAAUCUCAAACCCAUUUCGAUUUGUUUCAACANCGAUAAAUUAUGUCCUUCUAUAUGGUUUUCAUGUGGUGAUGGUGAUUGUCACUAUGCUCCAACUAUCAAUUCACCAGAAUCAUCCUGCAACUCACACCGAGAUCUUCUCUAUUACAAACAGACACAUCCAUCUACAAUCAUCUUAUUUUCACAUAUAUUCAUCACUUAUCACAAUCUCACACCCAUUUCGAUUUGUUUCAACAAAACAUUGUGUCCCUAUUUGUCAAAUGAUGAAACUAUAACAACAACUGAUAAGAAUGGUUUAUCUUGUCGAGCUUUUGACACAUUUGGUCGUAAUGCUACGUAUAUUGACUUUUCUUCUAUGAUUAGAGAUCUGAAACAAUUGGUACUUUCAUGUUCGUUGUUACCUAGAACUGAUGUUACAGAUAAUUGUACAUUAUUCCAAUGUGAUGAUGGAAGUAAAUGUUUGUCGAAGUAUCGAUUAUCAGAUGGUGAAAUCGAUUGUUCCAAUGGUGAGGAUGAACAUCAAUCGAACACAUGUGAUCUCAAUCAUCACUAUCGAUUUAAAUGUGAUAAUCACAUCAAAUGUAUCCAUCCAUCUUUGAUACGUAAUUACGAGGACGAUUGCGGUGAUGGAAGUGAUGAAGAGUAUUCGUAUGCUUCACUUUGUGAAGAUCUAAAUACAGAACAAUGUUAUGCUCACCGUCGUCAAGCACAUCAGUUUAACAUGACAUUUAGUCAACUCUGUAAUUAUAUUCUUGAACGCAUUCCAGAUGCGAAUAAUGACACAGAUGAAUCUAACUGUCCCAUGUCACAAUGGAAUUGUUUUACUCAAUAUACAAGAUGUAAUGAAGUCUGGAAUUGUCCUGAUGGUCAUGAUGAACUUAACUGUCAUUGGUCUCUUCUUUCUUUACGUUUCUGUGAUUCAGUCAGUCAUUUCUGUUUAAAUAUUCGAGAUGGAAAUCAAACAUGUUUAUCUAAAGAACAGGCUGGUGAUGAUGUUGUUGAUUGUGUUGGUUCAACAGAUGAAAGAGAAUAUUGUCGUGUUCAUUAUCCCUAUGAGUUUAAACGUCGUUAUCGUUGUCAAAAUUCGACGAAAUGUAUUCUGAUUAGUGAAAUAUGCGAUUGUCAUCAAGAUUGUCCUUGGAAUGACGAUGAAACGAUCGCAUGUCAUUGGCUCAAUAAUGGAAAAGAAACGAAUUGUGAUCCUGAUCGAUUUCGAUGUCGUGAUGGCGAAUAUUCAUCAACAGUUACGUUUAGAUCACGAUGCAAUGAUAAUCUUUUCACGUGUAGUGAUGAAGAACAUCUUAUCUUCUGUGAUUUGAAUGAUCGAUCAACCGGUCGACCAUUCCAGACAAAUUACAUUCCAGAAGUUUCAAAGUCUAAAAUCAAUCAACUGGGUAGGAAUUCGAGAAAAGAAACCGAUCUUAUUCAUUGGUAUUGUAAUCGUGGAAUCUAUGUGUAUUCACUCUCAAGUUCUCUCGGUUUCUAUUGUAUGUGUACAGAGUCUUAUUAUGGUCAUCGAUGUCAAUUUCAACGCAAACGAAUUUCUCUCAUUCUUCAGUUACAAACAACCAGUUCAUUCAACGCUGUUCUUUCAUCGUUCAAAGUUGUUCUUCUCCUCGUACGAAAUGAUACUUCAAAUACGAUUGUCUCACAUGAUCAACUAGUAUUUACACCACAUCGACAUUGUCUACCGAAAUAUUUCAUCCAUCUAUAUUAUCCAACAAAUCAAUCUUUGAUUCCAUCAACUAAUUAUUCACUUCACAUUUACGUGUUUGUUGCUAAAACAUUAGAACUUCGAAGUUCNUUCGGUCGUAAUGCUACGUAUAUUGACUUUUCUUCUAUGAUUAGAGAUCUGAAACGUUUGGUGCUUUCAUGUUCGUUCUUACCUAGAAAUGAUGUAACGGAUAAUUGUACAUUAUUCCAAUGUAAUGAUGGAAGUAAAUGUUUGUCGAAGUAUCGAUUAUCAGAUGGUGAAAACGAUUGUUCCAAUGGUGAGGAUGAACAUCAAUCGAACACAUGUGAUCUCAAUCAUCAGUAUCGAUUUAAAUGUGAUAAUCACAUCAAAUGUAUCCAUCCAUCUUUGAUACGUAAUUACGAGGACGAUUGCGGUGAUGGAAGUGAUGAAGAGUAUUCGUAUGCUUCACUUUGUUUUGAUGCAAUGACGGAAGAAUGUUAUGUUCAUCGUCGUCAAGCACAUCAGUUUAACAUGACAUUUAGUCAACUCUGUAAUUACAUUGUUGAACGCAUUCCAGAUGUGAAUAAUGACACAGAUGAAUCUAAUUGUCCCAUGUCACAAUGGAAUUGUUUUACUCAAUAUACAAUAUGUAAUAAAGUCUGGAAUUGUCCUGAUGGUCAUGAUGAACUUAACUGUCCUUGGUCUCUUCUUUCUUUACGUUUCUGUGAUUCAGUCAGUCAUUUUUGUUUAAAUAUUCGAAACGGAAGUCAAACAUGUUUAUCUACAGAACAGGCUGGUGAUGGUGUUGUUGAUUGUGUUGGUUCAACAGAUGAAAGAGAAUAUUGUCGUGUUCAUUAUCCGUAUGAGUUUAAACGUCGUUAUCGUUGUCAAAAUUCGACAAAGUGUAUUCUGAUUAGUGAAAUAUGCGAUUGUCAUCAAGAUUGUCCUUGGAAUGACGAUGAAACGAUCGCGUGUCAUUGGCUCAAUAAUGGAAAAGAAACGAAUUGUGAUCCUCAUCGAUUUCGAUGUCGUGAUGGCGAAUAUUCAUCAACAGUUACGUUUAGAUCACGAUGCAAUGAUAAUCUUUUGACGUGUAGUGAUAAAGAACAUCUUAUCUUCUGUGAUUUGAAUGAUCGAUCAACUGGUCAACCAUUCCAGACGAAUGACAUUCCAGAAGUUCCAAAGUCUAAAAUCAAUCAACUGACUCGGAGUUCGAGAAAAGAAACCGAUCUUAUUCAUUGGUAUUGUAAUCGUGGAAUCUAUGUGUAUUCACCCUCAAGUCCUCUCGGUUUCUAUUGUAUGUGUACAGAGUCUUAUUAUGGUCAUCGAUGUCAAUUUCAACGCAAACGAAUCGCUCUCAUUCUUCAGUUACAAACAACCAGUUCAUUCAACGUUGUUCUUCCAUCCUUCAAAAUUGUUCUUCUCCUCGUACGAAAUCAUACUUCAAAUACGAUUGUCUCACAUGAUCAACUAGUAUUUACACCACAUCGACAUUGUCUACCGAAAUAUUUCAUCCAUCUAUAUUAUCCAACAAAUCAAUCUUUGAUUUCAUCAACUAAUUAUUCACUUCACAUUUACGUGUUUGUUGCUAAAACAUUAGAACUUCGAAGUUCGUGGAUAUUUCCUGUUCCAUUUCAGUUCUUACCUGUCAAUCGUAUAGCAAAACGAUUACUCAUACCUGAUGAGAGUCUCACACUACAGACAAUACAAUUUAACACAACAAAUUGUAGAUCAUGUUCUAACGUGUCUCGUUGUAUUGGAUACGAUAGUGAUCUUUAUCAAGAUAUCUGUGUAUGUCUACCUUAUUUGAGUGGUCGUCGAUGUUUCGUUCCGUUUGAUCCGUGUGUUAAUCAGAACUGCAGUGGACAUGGAGAAUGUUUACCAGUUGACUCACGUCUCUAUGAAACUGAUCAAUUUAUUUGUGUUUGUGAAAAAGAAUGGUUUGGGAAUGAAUGUGAAGAAUCAAAAGCUCGAAUUCAUGUGACAUUUGCGUCGAAUAUUCCCAAACCAUCGUCAAAUAUUGUAUUUCUCCAUGCGUUCGACGUGAAUGAACACUUUGAGCCGAUACAUCUAACAUAUUUUCAGCGUCUUCGUUCAAACAUAUCCAAUUAUACCUUUCAUUUAGAUAACAACUAUUUGCAUAAUUUAAUUUUCAUCCAGCUGUAUGAACAUAGUCAUCAGUAUGAAUUUUAUCUUCUACUGUCUCGGAAAAUGGAUAGUGUCGGAUUAGAAGAGAUCAAUAGUGAAGUUGAUUCAUCUCAUCGAUGUCGAUCAAUCAAUGAACUGUUACAUCCAGAUAUUAUUCGUCUACCAAGGUUACGACGUGUCAAAUAUUAUCAACAAAUAUGUCGAAAUAAGGAGAAGUUCAUGUGUUUCUAUGAUGAUAAACUCAUGUGUUUGUGUGAUGAACGAAAUCAGAGUGAUUGUUUCAAUUUUGAACCUACAUCAUAUGGAUGUCUUGAAAAUCGAUGUAGUGGUCGAGGAAUAUGUGUUCAAGAUCAUAAUCUUUGUCCACGACAAUCGUUGUGUCUUUGUGAACCUUGUUCUUAUGGAGAGAAGUGUCAGUUUUCUCGAUCUGGUUAUUCUCUUUCAUUAGAUGCCAUCAUUGGAUCACAUAUUCGAUUAGCAACAUCGAAGACAAUCAUUUGGAUUAGUGUGGUUUUGAUCUGUUUAUUCGUUAUUAUUGGAGUAAUGAUGAAUAUGUUAGGAGUUGGGACAUUUCAUCGACGAGCAACACAAAAUGCUGGUUCUGGUUUUUAUUUGUUAAUUUCAUCAUAUUUUGGAUUGAUGACGAGUCUUUCGUUGUCUGUGAAGUUAAUUUUCUUAUUUAUUAAUAAUCAAGGAAAUGUGUCCUGUGCAUUGAUUGAAUUUAUAAUCAAAUGGUCAUUAACAAGUUGUGAAUGUUUAAAUGCAUGUGUGGCGAUUGAACGAACAUUAGCGGUGAAUCUUCGUACUAAAUUCUCACGAAUCAAAAGUAAAAGAGUCGCUAAACGGAUUUCGAUUGUUGUGCCUAUGGUUGUCGGUGUUAUCUGUUCACCUGAAUUGAUCUAUCGUCGAAUGGUUGUUGACACGACUGAUGAAACCAAUUGGUGUGUGUUCACAUUGAAUGCUGAUCAACCGAAACUUCUAAACUUCUAUUCAGCAUUAAAUAUUUGCUUAUUUUUGAUCCCAUUAACAAUCAACUUGAUAUGUAGUGUUGGUAUAAUUGUCGGUACAGGUCUUCUGAAGCAAAAAACUAUUACAAGCGCAGAAGACACCAGACGUUCGACUAAUAUUAAUCUCAAUUUUACUCGGAUUAAUAGGAAUUUUCUGAAUCAGAUGAAAGGAAAGACCAUCAAAGCACAGAUUAUUAAACACAAACAUAUAUUGGUGGCUCCAAUUCUUUUGGCUAUAUUUGCUGUACCUCGAUUGGUAUUUGCUUUUAUAUUCGUAUGCAGUAAACUUGAUCGAUUUCCAUUUCUUACUUUACCAAGUUAUCUGAUUGGUUUUUUACCGUCAAUGUCUCUACUUUUUGCAUUUAUCCUACCAUCUGAUGUCUACCGAAGCGCAGCACUUGCUUUCAUCAAAUCUAUUAUACCUGCAUAUUUUCAAAAUUAUUUCUUUCUAUUUCGUCAAAGAUAA